AUGCCGAUUUUUAAUAAAGGCGACCACGCCGUGGUUCUGAAUACGUAUCAAAUGUAUCUCAAAGCUGGGGUCUCCAAACUGGUAGCCCACUUACACCACUCUAUUGAGAACAACUAUGUUCUCGGCGUGAAGAUGGUUCGAGGAGCGUACAUCCACUCUGAACCCGAUCGGGAUCUACUCCACGAUACAAAGGCGGACACCGACGCCGAGUAUGAUCAAGCAGUGCGGCUUCUGGUUGGGAGCAACGGAGCGAGCCUGGCCGACGAAAACGGAGCAGGCGCCACCUGGUCCGCGGAUCUCAUGCUCGCUACUCACAACACACAUAGCGCCAGGGAAGCCCUGAGACUGUACCGGGAGCGCUUUCUGACCCGCGGAAUCGGGCCUGCAGCUCACGGAGCCGGCCUAAGAAGUCUGGCCUUUGCGCAGCUCAAGGGUAUGGCCGAUGAGCUGUCCUUUAAGCUGACAGAGGAGAUUGAAAGCAUGUCCGCAGAAGCUAGCGGUACUGCCUUGGAGGCUGAACCCGACGUUGCACGUCGUCUCCCCGGCAUUGGAGUCUACAAGUACUCUAUAUGGGGUACGUUCCAGGAAUGCCUUUUGUACAUGUUGCGCCGCGCCGAGGAGAACAAGGAUGCUGCGGCAAGGAGCAGGACAACAGCUUUAGCAAUAGUGAGGGAAAUGGGGCGACGCGUGCUCCCCUUCACGCGCAGCUGA